UUUUUCAAAAGCGAAUUUCAGUUGAUAUUAAACAGACGAGUCGUGUGGAGGCAAAACGGGUCAAAUUCGAUACACACAGUCACAACUAGAAUUGAUUUAUAGCUAAACACACAACCAACCCACCCACCCACACACACACACACACAGACAGACAGACAGACAAAAUGGCUGCCACUGACAACAGCAAUGAGGCUUUCAAUUUGCGCCUCAACUAUAUGAGACCGGAAACCUUGGAGAUCGCACGCGUUGAACUGCGCGAAACGGAGGAGGUGAAGGUGGAGGCAAUUAAGAAAUUGCGUGAACUGCUGCAUGCCUCACCCGAGCUUAACUACAAGGACGAUGAUGCUUUCCUCACUAUCUUUCUGCGCGCCUGCCAUUUUUAUCCCGAAAGUGCAUUGGAAAAGAUGAAAACCACCGCCACUUUUCGCAAGGAAUACGCCAGCCUAGUGCAUGGCCUACAGGUGGAGCAGGUGCGUGAGCGCUUCAUCAAGGGCAGCGUCAUCAAUGUGCUCAAGAAUUGCGAUCAGAAGGGCCGACGCGUGUUGAUCGUAAACAGCGGCAAGUUGUGGGAUCCCAAUGAAAUACCCAGCGAUGAAAUGUUCCGCAUGCUCUACAUGGUGCACAUUGCUGCGCAGCUGGAGGAGGAGACACAAGUGCGUGGUGUUGUCGUUAUAAUGGACUUCGAUGGGCUGGCCAUGAAGCAAGUGAAGGCGCUGUCGCCAAGCUUCUCCAAGCGUCUGCUUACCUUCAUCCAAGAGGCCAUGCCGCUGCGCAUGAAGGAAGUGCACUUUGUCAAGCAGCCAUUCAUCUUCAACAUGGUCUGGACGCUGUUCAAGCCAUUCGUCAAGGAGAAGCUCAACAAGCGCAUGCACUUCCAUGGCAGCGAUAUGAAGUCGCUACACAAGUUCCUUGAUCCUUCAGUGCUGCCAGCCAACUACAAGGGCACACAGCCUGCUAUUGAUUAUGGCGGCGCUCAAUGGAUUAACGCGCUGGAAGCUCAGGCCGAUUAUGUCAACACCUGGAGUGAACUGGGCCCAGCCAAGUGGUAGACUUCUAGCUUACAAAUUUGUCUUAAUAUAAAAUACGUUUUUGUUUAGUUUUUCGACAAUAAAAUAGUUAACAAAAUAAAGCUGUUAGAUAAAAAUUU